UCGGGACGCCAAACGGGACUCGAAUCCGGGCUCUGUCAUCUUCACUUUCGACAUGCUCUGCAGUGCCACGUCUGCCAACGGGUCACGGGACAGAAGCGACUUCGAAGACAUUUACUUUCGGGAGCAGUCGUCCUGCCAGCUACACUCUAAAGUCCCGGAGAGGAGGGGUUUUGCCCAACCAUUCCUCCAAGCUACGACUUAAUAACUUGGUCCCCUUGGGUGGCUUGAAACGGGGUCUGGACUGAUGUUUCAGCAGUUCUCAAGACCAGGGCCGCAUAAUCCAAGUCGAGGUUGUCAGCUCGUGUUCCGCCCAACAGUUGUACGCCUGUCGGGACGGAGAGUGCCAGUCGAGGGACGCCUUUUGUGAUGGGCUUCAAGACUGCACCGAUGGCUCGGACGAGUCUGCCGACUUUUGUC